GCAAGUUGUUGGGUGGGUUUACUCUAAAGAAAAGAUAGAAACAGUAGCCGCUUGAGUGAGGAAUAUGAACGUGAAGAAUCCAUCGACGGCAACAGUAAUGGCUGUGUAACCAACUUCUAAAUCCUUUAUCACUAAACCCUAAUUGAACAUCAUAUUAAUAAAUACGUAACUAACUUGUAGCACUUCGUUUAACAUUACCAUUACAAUGAUGAAGAGAAAAAACGGAGGAGGAGGAUCACUCCAACAAACCCUUCUCCACCGUAUCAAUUCCUGCAAAUCUCGUUUCUCAACCGCCGAAGAAAUCGUCAACCAUCUCCGUUCAACUUACCCUACUUAUCACCGAACCAAGUAUCAAUCACUCCUUCGAUUCGCUCAUCAAGCUCUAACUCACAAUUCCACUAACAACCUUACUUCUGAUUCUGAUUCCAAAAAAGAAGAUACAAUGUUGACAAAUACGGAUUCUGAUUCUGAAGAUCCAAUGUUGCAGAAGAUGGAAGCUACGAGCAAUCAGGGUUCGGUCUCUAACGGCGGUGGCGGUGGUGGUGUUGAGGCGAAGGGGGAAAUUAAGAAAGAGCCAAUGUUUGAGGAUUUGGGUGGGAUGAAGGAAAUUUGGGAGGAAUUGGAGAUGGAAUUGGUGUCAUUGAGGUAUCCUGAGGUGGGUAGAGAGAUGGGAAUAGGAAUAACAUCUGGCAUUUUGUUGCAUGGACCACCUGGUUGUGGGAAGACUAGACUUGCUCAUGCUAUUGCUAAUGAAACUUCUCUUCCUUUUUAUCCUAUUUCAGCUACUCAAUUAGUUUCUGGAGUCUCAGGUGCAUCUGAAGAAAAUAUUAGAGAGCUUUUCUCUAAAGCAAAAAGGACUGCUCCAUCCAUUAUCUUUAUUGAUGAGAUUGAUGCAAUUGCUUCAAAACGAGAGAAUGUACAGCGUGAAAUGGAGAAACGAAUUGUGACGCAAUUAAUGACUUGCAUGGAUCAAGUUGAGGAUUCUGAUAAACAACCUACUGGUCAUGUUCUUGUAAUUGGAGCUACAAAUAGGCCUGAUGCCCUUGACCCAGCUCUCAGAAGGCCUGGUCGGUUUGAACGUGAGAUUCUUAUUUCCAUUCCUGACGAAUCUGCUAGGGAGGAGAUCCUUUCUGUGCUUACUCGUAAUCUCAAAGUUGAUGGUUCAUUUGAUCUGAAAAAAAUAGCCAGGUCUACGCCAGGAUUUGUUGGUGCUGAUUUGACAGGUCUGACUAAAAUGGCUGGUCAUAUGGCAAUGAAGAGGCUAGUUAAUGAAAAGAAAUGUAAAUCAUCUCAGCCUGCUAAAGACCGGUGGAAGGAACCUUGGUCACCUGAUGAAAUAAAUAAACUUGCCAUCAAAAUGUCUGAUUUUGAGGAAGCAGCUAAAAUAGUGCAACCUUCGUUAAGAAGAGAAGGGUUCUCUUCCAUUCCUGAAGUCAAAUGGGAAGAUGUUGGUGGGCUUGAUUUUAUAAGACAGAAGUUUAAUGAAAAUAUCAUAAUGAGUAUAAAAAAUCCUGAAGAUCGUGAGGCAUUUGGGUUGGAUCUUGAUCCAGGAUUUUUGCUUUAUGGGCCUCCAGGUUGUGGCAAAACACUGAUUGCCAAAGCUGUUGCGAAUGAGGCAGGAGCAAAUUUUAUUCAUAUUAAGGGACCUGAGAUUCUAGAUAAAUUUGUUGGAGCAAGUGAGCAUUCAGUUCGGACAUUAUUUAGUCGGGCAAGGACAUGUGCACCUUGUAUACUUUUUUUCGAUGAGGUGGAUGCUUUGACAACAAAGCGUGGUAAAGAAGAUGGAAAGGGGGUUAUUGCAAGCCUAUUAAAUCAGUUGCUUCUUGAGUUAGAUGGCGCAGAUCGGCGUAAAGGUGUUUUUGUGAUUGGUGCAACGAAUAGGCCUGAUGUGAUGGACCCUGCUAUCUUACGACCAGGUAGGUUUGGUGAACUUCUUUAUGUUCCUCUUCCAAGCCCAGACGAACGUGUUUUGAUAUUGGAAGCUCUUGCGAGGAAGAAGCCCGUCGAUGCUAGUGUGGAUUUAAAUGCCAUUGCAAGAAUGGAAGCUUGCGAAAACCUUAGUGGCGCUGAUCUUGCUGCAUUGAUGAACAAAGCAGCAACGACUGCUUUCAUAGAGAAGGUGAAAUCACCCAAUAGAACUCUUGAUGUAUCGAUCAAGACAAGCCAUUUUGAGAUAGCAUUAAGGGAAGUCUCUCCCUCUGUAUCGGAAAAGCAAAGGGAGCACUAUGAGCGUUUGUCACAGAGUCUUAAAGCAGCAGGGCAAUGACUUUUUUUGUUAGGAGGCGAAAAAUGUAGUGCCCCAAGUUGAAUUGUUUUUUGGUAUUAGGCCCUGGCCUUCAAUAUUAGCAAGAUCAUUAUUUAUUGGGGAAGAAAUUGGUGCACUUUUCUUUAUUUGGUAUGCAGCAGCCUCCUUUCUCCAUUCAAAAUUUUGAAAUCCAAAUGGGUGUGAAAGUGUGGAAACUGUCAUAUGUGCUAGAUAAUGUAGUUAUUAAAUGAUCAAUAGAAAAAUGAUAUUCUUGACUA